UCCACGUCAGUACCAGUUCAGCUCAGCAUCGUUUAGUACACGCACUCGCAGUGAUGGCCCAGCUGGAGGAUGCAGAAGAGUCAUAUGGUUCUGCUGGUGAAAUUACCAAACCAAAAUCACGCUCGUUGGGCGGCAAUCGCUCAAACAACAAGAAAGCUGUCGAGGUCGAACCAAGUGAUAAAUCAGACCAGGAUCAUAACGUGGAAGGGGGCGAUGGAGAAGAGGACGAGGAAGAGUACGAGAUCGAGGAAAUUCUCGAUUCAAAGCGGGGUAUGUUUGGUAAAAAGAACGAGUGGGCAUAUCUUGUUAAGUGGAAAGGAUACAGUUCCGAGCAUAACAGUUGGGUCCCGGAACAAGACGCAGGGAAUGCACAGGACCUCAUUAAUGACUUUCUGGCAAAGAGGGCAAAAGCUAAAGAGUCGGCUACUCGGCUGUCUUCCGUCCGUGGACGUAAGCCUGCUUCUGCGAAGGCGUCAAGAAUUGGCAGAGAUGCUAGUGCUGGCACAGAGAGUGCAUCGACAACCAAACGUGGCCGAAGGAAGGCAAGCUCCGAUGAAGAUGAAGAUGACAGUGACUCAGCUCGCAAGGCAAAGAAGUCGCGCGGGGCUCACAGUACGAACGGAACGACCUCAGGAAAGCGCGGUGCCCUCGCGGCAUUGGACAGGACAGACGACGAUGACAGCGUCACAAUGGCAGACGCUAACGAAUCAAGACCGUACACAAGUAUGAAGGCUCUGAAAAUGGGAUCCAUGAAGAGUUGGGAAGAUGUUGUCAAGAAUGUUACCACUGUCGAACAACAUGAUGAGCAGCUAAUGAUCUUCUUUGAAUUGAAUGAUGGACAUUAUGUUCGUGAACCAUCGGAGCAAUGCAGAAAGAGGUUUCCCCAGAAGCUACUUGACUUCUAUGAAACACAUCUUAGAUGGAGAACAACAGACGGAGAUGAGGGCCAAUCGCACUGAAUACUUUCAUUGAUCCCCUCUCGCCCCAUAGUGAUCAUAUUACGCCAUCUUUUAUCUCUUUUUCCCUCCGCGUUGACACUUCGUUCAUUGUGUGUCGGCUACUCUCGACGUCUCUCGUUCUUACUGAUUUCUCUGGUAUAUUUUUCAUGUACAACUCUGUUGUCAAUCUGCUGAUAUUAUGAGCCCG